GUAUCGGCAUGUGUCUGAUGCACAGUUCCUUGUCCCCCAGCAAACUUCCCAUAUCACCUUAUUAGACACAGUAGUGACGAUGUCGCUCUUGUCUUCUGCUACCUCAUUACAUUUGCAAGAACGAGCAAUCCAUGUGCAAAAGCAUUCAGACAAUCUACUCUAUCUGCGACCACGUUGAAGAACAUCUGGAGCGCUGCGGAGAUCUGACCAACUGGACCACUCUUCUUCCGAAGCGCUGCCGAUCAAGCUUCACCACUGCAACUCAACAAGGCGCCGAGCAGUGCUACUGGUGCACACGCGAGUGCCUUCGUUACGAAAGGGAGGUAGCCAUGUGGAAGCGUGAGCAGGCUGAGCGACAGAAACAGCAGGACGGCGAAGAUGAGAAGUGGCGAAAGCAGGAGGCGGAGAUGCAGCGGGCUCAGAAGGACUGGGAGCGACUAAAGGAGGAGAUGGAGCGGGAGGAUGCUGAGGUGCGGCAGCUCCUUUUUCCGCCGUGCUGACGGUGACAAUGCCGCGAGAAAGGUGUGCGAGGCUUCGUAGGGGCGGACCUGAUGUAGGGUUCGUAGUGUCUCAGGGACGACGCUGUGACGGUUGUGCACUUGCUCAAAUCUCGGUCCUCUGUAGCGUCUUCCACUCACGAGUAGUCCAUGCUUGCUGUUUCGAUUCCAUUCUUGAGAUAGAUCUGAAUAGCAACGAGCGUUUGCUCCUAGCUAAUGUGUUGAUGCCUUUCCCAAAGCGGAAACCCCCCACGUCACCGUGCUCCCAAGCGACAUUGAGGUGUUCACAA